AUGGCGUGGACAUCAUACAACAGCUUCACAGGGGACUGCCCUUUGUUUGGUGAAGCUGGCCAGGAAACUGAGGAUCUGAAGUAUGAUCAGGAGUUCAUUGGGAACCCAUCAUCUGCUCUCGUCGAGAACAUACCGACUUUCUUCACAGGGUAUUCUUUCUAUGACUCUCUGAUCCAAUGCCCUCAACCUGAUUCGUCUGCCCGAAUAGGUUUGGGUGGAGUUGAGCUUCAUAGCAUCGAUUCCGGCAGGGCAAACCAUCCUUCGACCACUCCUAGCGAGCCCAAAGCAUCCGUGUUGGAUGUUGCCACUCAGCACAAUGCCAACUGGUCUCAUGGAAUGCCACAAAUGUCCUCUACAGGUUGUUUGGAAAAAACACACAACCAUCCCGAGGCACUCAAGCACAAAGCUCCCCAAAUUUCCAAUGAAAGAAAAGAAUCCGAGUAG